UCCCGGAAGAUGAAAAUAAUUCAGAUGACGAAUAUCAUGAAAAUGAAGAACCAGUCCCGGAAGGUAAAAAUGAUUCAGAUGACAAAUAUCAUGAAAAUGAAGAGACAAAUUAUAUUAAUAUUUGGAGCUAA